UCUUUGUUCGGUUUGACGGUGAAGCUCAAUCAAAAGAACUUCAGCGUCUAAACAAAAAAUGGAAGCCUCUACCGGAGUUUUGCGCCGAUUUCCUUCCGUCGCCGGCGCUGUUGCCGGAGUUAACAACAACCGCUUUCACCAUAACUCUUCUAGUUCAAAAUUGUCCAUGUUAAGUUUUACAGAAAUUAGGGGAAGUUUGAAAUCGAAAAAGUUAAUGGUUUCUGGGUUUAAAGAUGAGGGUUAUUUGGAGUAUUAUAAUUCUUCUGGUAGAGGUAGUAGUAGGAUUAUUAGGUGUGGGAAGAAAGAGAAGAACAAAGAGAAUGACGUGGCGUUGAAAAAGACGAAGAAGAAGAUGAAAUUGCUUAAGGGUUUGUCUAGGGAUUUGUCUAAUUUGAGUGAGAUGGGAAUUGGUUUUGGUUUUGGUUCUGAUAUUGGUUUGGUUGAUCAAGUUCAAGGGAAGACUAUUUCGGAAACGGCAGAGCUAUUGUUAGGACAACUUCAACAGCUAAAGGCAGAGGAGAAAGAGUUGAAGAGGAAAAGAAAAGAAGAAAAAGCACUCAUGAAAAUGAAAGGAGCAAGUCAAGUACAAGGCAUAACGAACCGUGAAAUGUCAUCAUCUUCAAGCUCUUCUUCCGAAUCAAGUGAAUCAAGCGAUGAUGAAUGUCAAAAUUUGGUUGACAUGAAAAGCCUGAAAAUAGAAUCUCUUGCCCAAACAAUACCGGAGGCAUGUGAACGUGCACUCGAGAAUGCAACAUCAACAAUAGAGAAUCAUAUGAUUGAGCCUCGGACUCAACAUCCGGAAGUGGAUACAUCAGUAGAGAUCUCAAGCAAAUCAUCAACUUCCAAUGAGGACUCAACAGAGAGGAUGACGAGUCUAGUAGUACCUGUCCCUACUAUUUUAGAGCGAAGCGAGGAACACUGCUUGGAAGCUAGUGACCGCUACAUUGGCAAUGUAGGCAGCAGCCCUAAUGCAGCUGUAGCUGCUACAACAACAGCAGCGGGGACGAAGAAGAUUGAAGUAUGUAUGGGGGGUAAAUGCAAGAGAUCAGGCGCUGGGGCGAUAUUAGAGAAAUUUCAGCAGAUGGUUGGGAUUGAAGCUGCAGUCUCAGGAUGCAAAUGCAUGGGAAAAUGUAAAGUUGGUCCCAAUGUCAGAGUUUCAGGGUGUAGUAGCAGCAGCAGCUCCGCCGCGUUCCUAGCUGGUGAUUCUGUCUCUGUUAACUCUGCUCCUAGCAGUAAUAGUUCUUUGUGUAUUGGGGUUGGUUUAGAGGAUGUGAGUUUGAUUGCAGCCAAUUUGCUUGGUAGAUAUCCAGAAGUAGGGCUAGCCAAUGCCGUGCGUUAAGAUGUUCUUUUCUUUCAAUGCAUUAGGUAGGAUAUGAAGUGAUUUUUAGGAUUAGCAAUGGGUUUUGGAUUGCUUUUUGAUAAUGUAAAUAUUAUCAUUAUUUACUACGUUUGCUAUAUUCCUUUGUAAAUAGUAUAUUAUUAUUUACUGAGACUUUAGUGAUUGUUAUGUCA